CAAUCCAUAGCCUGAAGAAAGCCCAAUAAUUUCGUGCAGACCCUGCUUACUGAAGCGAUGAUGGUGUUCUUCCUGUGUUGAAGGAAACGUCGAAACCUUAAAGCGAACCAUGCCAGAAGGAGAACCCACCAAUGGUUACUGCAGCAGCAGCAGCGGCGAAGAAGACGGUGACGCCGCUUGGAGAGCAGCCAUCGAUUCCAUUGCUCAAACCACCACCUAUGUCUCUUCCACCACCAAACACACUCACCCUAAUCAUGAUGAUGAUGAUGAUUACGAUGGCCACAAACCCAAAACACGACAACUUAAGCACUACCAACUCAAGGCACAAAACCUUCUGAAUGAAAUAUUGGAAAAUUCAAUAGAGAUAGUGAGAAAACCUGUCCCUGUCGUGGAUGAGGAUCCCGAGAGCAAUGAAUGCGGCAUUCGCUUGUUUAAACAUGCUCAGCCAGGAAUAGUGUUUGAUCACGUAGAUGAACCUCAACCACCAAGGAAACGGCCUAGAAUACUUCCUGGAGGGGAUAUUGAUGAGAAAUCAAAGAAGCAGUUUAGAAAACAGAUUAGAUCUGUUGCUGUUAAUGGUAUAGAAAUAAUAGCUGCAGCAAACGAUGCAUACAAGAAGUCAUUAGCUAGACUAGAAGCUAAAGAUGCAGCAGCAAAAGCUAAAGCCAAGAGAGAAGAUGAAAGAGUUGAAAAUUUGAAAAAGAUUAGGGGAGAAAGGUGGCUACCUUCCAUGGCCCAGGAGAUGCAGGUUAAAAUUCGACACUGAUUUUUGUCUUUCAUUCUCUUAACUUCAAUUCUAGUUUUAUGUGUAACUAGAUGAUUGAUUAGCUUUGUUGAUUUGGUAGUGGAGCUGGUUGUACCCUAAAAAAUAUAGUUAUGGGAUUAUAGUUUAGUUGUGAAAAGCUUUUUUUUUUUUUUUUCACUAUUCUGUUACAACACUCUUCACAAGUUCACAUAUUGAAAUUUCCGAAAAUGUAAAUCAGUUGCUAUGUAUGAGGACCAAGGCUCUUUGUUUUGGGUCUUCCAACCAA